CAUCAUCUCUCAUCAAACCUCUCUCUUCAGAGCAACUAUGGCGGAGGAGGAACCAGAGCAACAACCCUCGCCGCCUUCAGAAGACAAACCGCAACCCAAUUUAUGCGAAGAGUGCAACACCAAUGCGUCAAAGUACAAGUGCCCCGGCUGCUCUCUCCGCACGUGCAGCCUCACCUGCGUCAAUUCCCACAAGCUACGCACCUCCUGCACCGGCAAAAGACCCCUCACCGAUUUCGUUCCGAUUUCAAAAUUCGACGAUAAUCUCCUUAUUUCAGAUUACAAGAUGCUCGAAGAAGUGAAAAGAAUUGCGGAUUCAGCGCAGCGAACGAGAGUUAAGUUAUGUGGGAACUAUCAAUUCAGGCUUCCGUUUCACCUCAAAAGUCUCAAGAAUGCUGCUUUAAGUCGUAGAACGAAGCUGCUGUUUCUCUCUAAUGGAAUGUCUAAGAGAGAAACGAAUCAGACUUAUUACAACAACCGGAAGAAAUUCAUAUCUUGGACAAUCGAAUGGAGGUUUCAUUUAACUGAAAUUGUAUUGGUUGAUCACGGAGUAAACGAGAAUACAACUCUUUCGUCUCUGAUUGAAAAUCAUCUAAAACCCGGACCAUGGAACCACUCAUUGAGGCCAUUCUGUGACGAGAACCUCGAUUCUCUCAAAUUUUUCAUUCGCAAAUAUCCGAAGGGAGUAAAAUCGCCUUACCGACAACUAAACAUAGAAGCACCAAUUCGCGAGCAGUUGGCGAAUCUUGUUAUUUUGGAGUACCCCGUAAUUCACGUCUAUUUACCCUCACACACCUACGAUUUCGAUGUAAUAAAGGACAUUAUUCCAAGAAAAGUGGAGAUCAAGAAGUCCGAUAAUCACGAUUUUCCUAAUCAUCAAGGUGUGACAUUUAAGGAGGAAGAAAUCGAAGAUGUGGGUCAUCCAGACACUCAAGUUUCGGAUCUCUUGAACUACGAUGCCAAUGAAUCGGAAGGGGCAAAACAGUCCGAACCAGCUUCUCAAGAUGAUAAUUCAAACUUCGCGAUAACUGAAGAUAGUAAUGGCGUACCGAGUGACUCAUGCAUUGAGCAAUUAGUUGCUAUUGGUGAUUUUGACUUCGAACCGGGCUCGGUUGACUUUUGCCCGGACCUUAUUGGAGAUGAUAGCACUGACGACUAUCUUGAUUUUGAUGCGAUAUUAUUGGCUGAGCAGAAGUACAUGGAGGGUGGAGCAUAUGUCAUGGACGAAGAACCAGAGGAAGGAGAGUUGAGUAGUUGACGUUCUUUUUGCAGCUCGGAAAGAAAAGAAAAAAACCGAAUAGAAAGGGCUAAAUAUUGCUAUAUCUUUAAUCGUAUACUCGGUGAGUUGGUGUUUGUUUGUCUGUACAAAAAAAUUCUAUUACUUGCAUAUGAAAACCGAGUGCAAUCAUGUUGAGCCUUACCU